GGGCGGGUCCGGGCGCCUCCCAGCCCGGCCGGCCGCCCUCGGGCCCUCCCCCACCCCCCAGAAAGCGCGGGCCGCCCUGAGGGGCCGGCUUUCCCGGAGGGAGUUAGGCAGAUUAGUGAGGGGAAGAAAGGCGAGCAGCUGCCUCUUCACAGCCCCGGAGCCGUGCCUGCUUCCGUGCUGGGGCUUUCGAGAAUCUUUGAGGCAAUCUUGGAAGCCGUGAGUAAAGAGGAAGCUCCUUUCCUCAAUCCGGAGCGGUGGGUCGUAGCGGCUACUUCCGGUCUGAAGCUGCCGGCCGAACAUACGCGUUUGGCCCCGGAGUUGUGGUAGCCGUGCGGCUUCUGGGGCUGCCUGAGGGAGCAGGCUGGGGCCCGGCUAAACUCGUCUGGAGGUAUUUCAACUGUCAAAGACAACUUCAUUCCUAUAUAAUGUAACAGAAAUAGGUCAGGAAACAUUAGGCAAAAAGAAGUGUGGAGCAUAUUAAGCAAGAUGAACAUCUCUGGAAGCAAUUGUGGAAGCCCUAGUUCUGUAGAUAUAUCUAAUGACUUUAAGGAAAUUUGGACAAAACUAAAGGAGUAUCAUGAUAAAGAAGUACAAGGUUUACAAGUAAAAGUAACCAAACUGAAAAAGGAACGAAUUUUAGACGCACAGAGACUAGAGGAAUUCUUCACCAAAAAUCAACAGCUGAGAGAGCAACAGAAAGUCCUCCAUGAAACCAUUAAAGUUUUAGAAGAUCGGUUAAGAGCAGGAUUAUGUGAUCGCUGUGCAGUAACUGAAGAGCACAUGCGGAAAAAACAGCAAGAGUUUGAAAAUAUCCGGCAGCAGAAUCUUAAACUUAUCACAGAGCUUAUGAACGAAAAGAAUACUCUCCAGGAAGAAAAUAAAAAGCUUUCUGAACAGCUGCAGCAGAAAAUUGAAAAUGAUCAGCAGCACCAAGUGGCAGAUCUUGACUCUGAGGAAAAUGUUAUUCCAGAUUCACCAAUAACAGCCUUUUCAUUUUCUGGCAUUAAUCGGCUACGAAGAAAGGAGAACCUCCAUGUCCGAUACAUAGAACAAACACAUGCCAAACCGGAGCAGUCCGUGUGUACAAACGAAACACAUGGAACAAGCAAUUGUCCUACUGAUAAGUCAUCUUUUAAUUUAGCUACAGUUGUUGCUGAAACACUUGGAUUUAGUGUUCAAGAAGAAUCUGAAUCUCAGGGUCCCAUGAGCCCUCUUGGUGAUGAACUCUAUCAAUGUCUAGAAGAUCACAAGAAACAACCUUUUGAGGAAUCUGUAAGAAACAAUGAAGACAGUUUAAGAUUUUCAGAUUCUAAGUCAAAGACUCCUCCUCAAGAAGAAUUGACUACUCGGGUAUCUUCUCCUGUAUUUGGGGCUACCUCUAAUGUGAAAUGUAGUUUAGGUUUGAAUACAAGUUUGUCCCCUUCUCUCUUAGAGACUGGGAAAAAACUUCUGAAAACAGCACCCUUCAACAACACUUCUACUUCUAGAUCAGAGAAAACUAGAUCAAAAUCUGAAGAUAGUGCCCUUUUCACACAUCAUAAUCUUGGGUCUGAAGUGAACAAGAUCAUUAGCCAGUCAUCUUCAAAUAAGCAGAUGCUUAUCAAUAAAAAUAUAAGUGAAUCCAAAAAUGAACAGGAUGGUUUUGAUCACAUUAAAGAUGCUGUCACUGAUAAAGACAAACAUGCAGUACCCCUGAAAUCACUGGGAGGCAGAACAUCCAAAAGAAAGAAAAUUGAGGAAGAAAGUGAAGAUGAAGUUAGCUGCCCCCAAGCCUCUUUUGAUAAAGAAAAUGCCUUUCCUUUUUUACUGGAUGGUCAUUCUUCUGUGAAUGGAGAUUAUGUGAUGGAUAAACCUCUAGAUCUGUCUGAUCGAUUUUCGGCUAUUCAGCGUCAAGAGAAAAGCCAAGGAAGUGAGACUUCUAAAAUCAGAUUUAGGCAAGUGACUCUCUAUGAGGCCUUGAAGCCCAUUCCAAAGGGCUCUUCCUCAAGCCGCAAGGCCUUGAGCGGGAGCUAUGUGUUAACCAGAGAUUCCCCAGAGGAGCCGUGUUUACAGGAGUGCAUCCUCCAGUCCUUGGGUAAAUCAUCUCCAGAUAAUAAAACACCACUACAAAUCAAGGAAGAAAAUCCCAUCUUUAAAAUCCCUCUACGUCCACAUGAAAGUUUGGAGACCGAGAAUCUUUUCGAUGAUGUGAAGGGAACUGAUUCUCAUGAGCCAGUAAAAAUAGCCAGGUCAGUCCGUGGAGCAUGUGAACUUACAUCCGUUCUUCAGUUAAAUCCAUGUAGAGUUGCUAAAACAAAGUCUGUACAAAACAGUCAAGAUGUAUCCUUUGAAAAUAUCCAGUGGAGCAUAGAUCCAGGAGCAGACCUUUCUCAAUAUAAAAUGGAUAUUACUGUAAUAGAUACAAAGGAUGGCAGUCAGUCAAGACUAGGAGGAGAGACAGUGGACAUGGACUGCACAUUGGUUAGUGAAACUGUGCUUUUAAAAAUGAAGAAGCAGGAGCAGAAGGGAGAGAAAAGUCCAAAUGGAGAAAGAAAAAUGAAUGAUAGCUUGGAAGAUAUAUUUGAUCGGACAACACAUGAAGAAUAUGAAUCCUGUUUGGCAGACAGCUUCCCCCAGGUGGCAGAUGAAGAAGAGGGAUUGUCAACUACCACAAAGAAACCAAACAGUUACAUUAAGGAAGAUCUUGAUCCUUGUCCUCGUCCCAAAAGACGGCAGCCUUACAAUGCAAUGUUUUCUCCAAAAAGCAAAGAGCAGAAGACAUAGAUGUUAAAGCAAAAACAGGAUAGAAGACAGUUUGUUUCAUUCUUAUUUAUAGUUAAAGUUGGUAUUAAACAUUGAUUUUUUUUGAUCUUCUGUAAACUGACUUAUAAAUCAUUUUUCUAUUGAAAGUGUUUUUAAAUGGCAUUUACCCACCACACAAACAACUAUUUAAAAUGUGGAUAUGCUUAUGUUGUAUUGUCUUGCUUAUGCACCUUUAAAACAAUAAGGUGCUUUCAUUUUGCACUCUAACUUAAGAGCUAUUUACUUUAUUCGGUAAUACCUAAUUACAAUUUUGAAAAUA